UAUUAUAAACAAACUACACAAACUCGAGAAGCAAAGAGGGAAGAUCAUCAGAGAGUUCAAGAUCAUCAGAGAGUUCAAGAUCAACGAGGAAAUGAGUCUUGAUAGCAAUUCAAUGGUCCCUGUUAACUCCGGGUUAGAUAACUUGAACUCUCCUGUUCUCUCAAAGAUUAGUGCGUGGGGAGUAAUGUUUGGCCUUUUUGCGCUUUCAUUGAUCGCCAUGGCUUAUGCUUGUUACCACAAGCAAAACGAUUCGAGUUCUUGCAUCGACGAGCAAGAGAAAUCAGGGAAGAAGCAAGUGUUGAAGCCAUUAGAUAUGGAACCAAAGAUUGUUGUUAUAAUGGCUGGUAAUGAAAACCCUACCUUCUUAGCCAAGCCAGCUAAGAUCAAUGCAUGAACAAUAUUGUCUGAAAAUAAUCAUGUUCCAAAAUCGCUAGAUUAGUGUUUUGUUUUUCUUCACCAUUUAUGUAUAUCCUUGACUAGUAUUCUGCUCUCAA